GCGGCUCGGGACACGCACGCUGCACAGCAACAAUAAUAUUUGGCACCAAGUGGCUGCAGGAACGAUGCACACUUUGAGCUGACUUCACUGCAUGAGCUGGAAAAAAGUGAAUUCCUGCGUGGAUUAGACGGGCAACUAUGGGGAGAAACCCAACUGCUGUUGAAUGCAAAACGGCGUAGAAAGACGUGUCUGUUAAGAAGAUGGCUAUAGUUAUUAGUGCUCAGCUCAUUUGCAUAACAGUGCUUCUUUACGUGACACUGACACAUUGCAUGGAAUCUGACCUCUGCAAACCUGCUCGAAUCGAUCCCCGGACGCAUGGCAAACAAGUGAUUUUUAGGAUGAACGCGUUCAAACAGGAGUUUUAUCUUCACCUCCAACCGGAUUCCAGUUUCCUGGGACUGGAACCUGCAGAUCUGCAGGGGUGUUUCUUCUCCGGUGAUGUCAACUCACAGUUGGACUCGUUCGCAGCGCUGAGCUUGUGCAAAGGUCUCAACGGCGGGUUUUAUUUGAACGGAAUGGAAUAUUUCAUCAGCCCCCAGGACGGGAACGCAACCGGGACGCACGUAGUUCGCCGCCGUAGGAGCUCUGCGCAAUCCAGCAGGUGUGGAGUGGUACCCGACUCUCAGUUGUUUAACACGUCCCUGGAAAAAUACAGGUAUAUGAGCGAAGUGACGGCUGCAGGGACUGCGUUGGGAAGGUCCAAAAGAUUCGCCUCAGUCCCCAGAUUUGUGGAGGCGCUGGUGGUGGCGGACGCGUCCAUGGGUUCAUUUCACGGCGACGACCUGAAGCAUUACCUGCUGACACUCAUGUCAGUGGCAGCCAAGCUUUACAAACACCCAAGCAUCUUAAACUCCAUCAACGUCGUGGUCGUGGGCUUCAUGGUGCUUAAGGAGGAUGACAAGGGGCCCAAGGUUUCCAGUAAUGCAGCCUUGACUCUGCGGAACUUCUGCUCCUGGCAGAAAAAGUUAAAUAAGUACAAUGACAAACAUCCAGAGUACUGGGAUACUGCAAUCCUUUUUACCAAACAGAAUCUUUGCGGGGCCACAACCUGUGAUACCUUGGGGAUGGCCGAUGUUGGGACAAUGUGUGACCCCAAGAGAAGCUGCUCGGUCAUUGAAGAUGAUGGCCUGCCGUCAGCCUUUACAACAGCCCAUGAACUUGGUCACGUCUUCAACAUGCCCCAUGAUAAUGUGAAAGCAUGCGAGGAGGUCUUUGGGAAACUCCAGGAGAAUCACAUGAUGUCACCAACUCUAAUUCAGAUCGACAGGAGUCGUCCCUGGUCUGUGUGCAGCGCGGCAAUCAUUACUGAGUUUCUGGACCGAGGUCAUGGAGACUGUUUGCUGGAUCAGCCCCAAAGACAGUUGGCUCUUCCAGAUAACCUUCCUGGCUACAGUUACAGUCUUCAUCAACAGUGUGAGCUGGCUUUUGGGGAUGGCUCCAAGCCUUGCCCAUACAUGCAGCCAUGCUCCAAACUCUGGUGCACUGGGAAAGCCCGUGGACAGCUAGUCUGUCAAACCAGACACUUUCCUUGGGCGGAUGGCACCGGCUGUGGCACAGGCAGGGUGUGCUACCAAGGGGCGUGCACUGAGAAGAACAUGACGAUGCAUAUCAAGGUGGAUGGUAGAUGGGGUAAGUGGGGUGCAUUUGUAGAAUGUUCCAGAACUUGUGGUGGAGGUGUCCAGCUGGCCAAAAGAGAGUGUAACAAUCCAGUCCCUGAGAAUGGAGGCAAAUAUUGCUACGGCCUUCGAAUUAAAUAUCGUUCCUGCAACCUGAGUCCUUGUCUUGAUACAGGGAAGAGUUUCCGUGAAGAGCAGUGUGAGGCAUUCAAUGGCAUUAACCUGAAUACAAACAGACUGGGCUCCUCUGUGGUCUGGGUUCCCAAAUAUUCUGGCAUUUCCCCCAAGGAUAAAUGCAAGCUCAUCUGCCGUGCCAAUGGAACCGGUUACUUCUAUGUUCUUGCUCCAAAGGUUGUCGACGGGACACCUUGUUCUCCAGACUCCAGUGCGAUUUGUGUUCAAGGGAGAUGUAUUAAAGCAGGCUGCGAUGGGAAGCUUGACUCCAAGAAAAAGUUUGACAAAUGUGGUGUGUGUGGCGGAGACAACCAGGGCUGCAAGAAGGUCUCAGGAAUGUUCACAAAACCCAUUCACGGCUACAACUUUGUUGUGUUGGUGCCUGUUGGUGCCUCCAACAUAGACAUCCGCCAGCGGGGCUACCGAGGAAUUGUCAGUGAUGAAAACUACCUAGCGGUGAAAAACAGGCAUGGGAAGUAUCUACUGAAUGGAAACUAUGUGGUGUCAGCCGUAGAGCGUGAUCUGCUGGUGAAGGGCAGCCUGUUACGUUACAGUGGCACUUCAACGUCUGUAGAGAUUCUUCAGGCCACCAGACCGCUGCAAGAGGCACUGACAGUGGAGGUGCUCUCAGUGGGAAAGAUGACCCCUCCCAGAGUGCGCUACUCCUACUAUAUUGCCAAGGAGAGUAAAGAGGAAAAAAUUCUGCGGAAAGAGGAGAGGGGCCACGUGGCGCACAACAGCGUCUUAUUGGAUAAGAACAAAGUAGAAGCCAAGAAAAAGGUGAUGGGGAAGCGGCCGAUAGAGCACUGGGUGACAGGAAACUGGGAUGCGUGCACGGUGACCUGCGGUAGCGGUCUGCAGAAAAGGUUGGUGCAGUGUCAGAGUGUGGAAGGGCAUCCUGCAGUCGGUUGUGACAGUGCUGGCAGGCCUGUUGCUCUGAGAUCAUGUGGGGAUCCUUGUCCCGUCUGGGAUAUUGGGGCCUGGUCGCACUGUUCCAAGUCCUGUGGAAGGGGCUUUAAAAGACGGCCAGUACGCUGCAUGACAGAGAACGGUCUCGGUCUGCCAAGAGACCACUGCUCUGGGAGAAAGAAGCCUCAGGAACUGGACCUUUGCAAUCUGAGGCCGUGCUAAAGCUGAUUAAAACAACAUUUGACAUCAGUGGGUUUUGUGGGAUAAUGAAAACAAAAGCCAUUGAUGACAAUUUUUUUCCUUUCCUCAACUGUCUAACCAGCUGAGGCAAGUUGGACUUUGGUAAGUCUACCUCUUCCUGGAUGUGUGAAAUAUGACACAUUUUGCCUGAAGCAAGCGCAAAGAGAGCAAAAAACAAACUGCCAAAAAAGACACUUGUGAGAGUUUGCUUCAAUCCUGUGUUGUUAUCAAGUAGCAAACUUUUACCUGUGUCUUGGUGCUCAUUUCACAGAAGAACUGGCAUUAAUGUGAAAGACAGUACUGUAAAGGAAAUAUUUUACUGGAAUAUAUUUUUCUGUGGUAAAAUCAUCUUUGUAGUAAAUUUAAACAAAAGUUCAGUUACAAUCUGAUGAUAAAAGUACUGUCAUGAUCAUGUCUUACCUGUGUCCAGUCUUGCUGUUCUCUACGUUCUCUUCUCAUGCCCAUGUUUGGAGUUUCCUGGAGCACACCUGAUUGAACUCUGCAAAUGCGGCCUGAAUAAGCAAUGUGGCUGCGGCAAAAAGAUGCACGACUAUUUCUUCUGUCUUUCUCAAGCUUACGUACCGUUACGAGUCAAAACUAACAAAUCUUGGACCCUAAAACAAAGGCGGAUAAGCUGAGCAGUAUAACAAUGUUUUUUCAACAAAAAACACACUCUAGACAGUGAGUUUAACAAAAUAUACAAUAAUGAUAUCGACAUGAAUAAAAAUACCAUAUUUUUU